AUCAGAAGAGAAGCUGAGUUGAUGUGCUGUGAGAGAACGCCCCCUUGUUUGUGAGGGAAGAACGGCAGCGGCUUGUUCACCGUUGGAGAGGGAAUUAAAGUUGGUUGUGGUUCAGCACACUCUGCCAGCAUUUCAAGAGGUCUAUGGUCCAGAGUUAAACAGACCAUGAAGGGCUUGGAGCUGCUGCUGUUGCCUCUGCUGCUUAUUCUGAAAGAUGUAAGUGCUCAGUGGAAUGUGUGGAUGCCCAAAGACAUUUCAGCCAUGACAAACUCCUGUGUGGUUAUACCCUGUUCAUUCACAUACCCCUCCGGCAUCAGGCCUUACAGAGGGGUCCACGGGAUCUGGUAUUUCGGCCACCCCUACCCCCAGCUUUUCCCCCCAGUGGUGUAUAAGUCACGCACAGAUAUUGUUCAUGAAAGUUACAAGGGACGGACCAAGCUCCUUGGUGACUUGACGCAAAAAAACUGCACUCUGCUAAUAAAUAAUGUUGGUGUGGAACAUUCUGGGAAGUAUUACUUCAGGGCAGACCUGGGUGGCGCAAACAUCUACACUUACCCUGACUUCACAAAACUACAGGUGUUGGAUCAGCCCAACAUCGAUGUUCCAGAGGAGAUCGUUAGUGACCAAAGCCUGGACUUGACCUGUUAUGUCCCAGACAAUUGUCCAGACAUGAGUCCACAGAUCCACUGGAUGUACACAGACUACCUGCCUGACCCUGUUUUCACCCCUGACAAUGUUGAGGAAAGCAACACCGCGGUACUGUCCAGCACCCUCACCUUCACACCCAAACCCAUGCACAAUGGCCAGCUGCUGGGCUGCCGGGUUCAUUUCGAAAACACCACCUUUUUUUAUGAACGCCUCAUUUCACUGGACAUCAAGUACGCCCCUCGAACUGUGUGGGUAAAUGUGUCUCAAGAGGUAAUGGAGGGAAGCUCGGUGGUCCUGCACUGUGAUGUGGACAGUAAUCCAGCCCCCACAAUAACCUGGUAUUUUGGAGACAAAGAGCUGAUGUCAGAAGUUGCCUCAAACUCUUCGCUGCCUCUGGAUAACCUGACCCCGGAGGAGGAAGGUGUCUAUACCUGCGUUGGUGACAAUGGCUAUGGCAGCAUGAACACAUCCAUGUAUCUGGCAGUAAAUUAUCCUCCACGGGAGCCAUGGAUCAAUGAAUCUCUAACGUUGUUGGAAGGAUCUUCAAUUUCCCUACAGUGCAACAGCAAAGGAAACCCAAUGCCCACGUUGACCUGGCUGAAGGAUGGGGAACUGGUGGGUACCAUCACAGCAGAUGAGGGAUCCGUGCUUGAGCUGCCCGAGAUCACGCCGCAGGCUCACGGAGUCUACCGCUGUCUAGCUGAGAAUGAACACGGACGGGCCAGCAACUCACUUAACAUUACGGUAGAAUUUGCCCCCGUCCUCCUUGACGACUCUAAGUGCACUAUAGUCCGUGAGGGCGUUCAGUGUGUGUGCAUUGCAUCGGGAAACCCUGAACCUGUUAUUGAAUUCUACCUGCCUGACCUCAACAUCACCAUCAACGACUCCAACAGCCUGUUUAACUACCGCACAUACUCAGAUGGGUACACGUCCACUGGCAUCAUCAAGCUCCAGGACAAGGGUGAAAGGGGGAACAAUGGUGAUACUGCUGUCCAUGUUCACUGCAGCUUCAGCAACAUGUACGGCUCCGAGACCAUCCGCUUGGAACUGCAGCAGGAGAAAAAGUUCAUGAUGGCCGUCAUAGUGGGGACUAUCGGAGGUGUGGCAGUCAUCGCCUUCAUCAUCGCAGCUGUGAGAUACGUGGGUCAGAAUAAUAAAAAAGAGAAUGGUAACCCUGGGCAGGACGUGGGAUCUAAAGUGGAGAAUCCCUCAAUGUUCUACAGCGCAGUCAAGAAGGACAAACAGAGUCUCAGGAAAAAAGUGCUUAAGACUGAGCUCCUGGGCUCAAAGUUUAACUCCAUCCUAGAGGAAGGCACGGGAGACGACAGUGAUUACCAAUCUGUUGGCCCGAUGGCAGGCAUGGAGAGGCAAGAGCUGAAUUACGCCGCCCUAGAGUUUCUCCAUGGACGACACCGGGAGGGAGGCUUCAGGAGGGCUGAUGGUGAUGGCAGCGACUACACUGAAAUUAAGGCCAAAUGAACCGCGAUUCUUCCCUGAUGCCUCGGCCAAACAGGACACGGUGGCCACUAGGGCCCAAUAAUUCCACAAAUUUCCUAUUUCACCCAUAUUAAAUGUGGCCUUUUCAGGGGACAACUGUCUCGAACAGUUAGCAGACAAUGAGUCUGAGGUUGUUUUAGAUUGCAUUCUCUUACGUCUCCAAGGUUCUGGGAAUGAUAUGUUCCCAUAUCAGUAAAAUAUACUGUACAAUAGAGUUUCUUUAUAUAUUUAUCUAUGUUUUUGGUUAUUUAUACCCAUUCUUGACUGUAACCAUACCAGAUAUUUUGUCUCUCAAUCAGAUAUGAGAGGUUUUAGUAAUCUCCUGGUUUAAAAGACAGCACUUUCCAAAAGGAAGGGUUUUUUCCCCAAGUGUUACAGUAGAGCUUAUAGUUUGAAGCAAGCUUACGGGAAAUGGUAUGGUUUGCAGGUGAGUCUCAGUCACUAGUGGUCCUUCUCACUGUGUCCGCUGUAAGUCGAAGCAUCAGGGAGCGAGGUGUUAUGUGUGCCUCGACAUUAUGUAUAAGCACUAUCCCAACUCUGGGUUUGUCUGGGAGGACUAACACUCUCUUAAAUACAGCGGUUGUUUCAGUCUUUUUCUGAGUGUACCAGUCUACAUGCAUAUUUCAAUAUUCAUCCGCUGAUACUUUUAGCACAUACCCAGAAGUGAUUGUUAAAGGAAAAGUUCACCCAAAAAA